ACUAAAAAAUCCUGUUAAUACAAUUGCUACUCAGACUGAAAAUCUUGUUAAUACAAUUGCUAUACAAACUGAAUCUAAUGUUAAUACAGUUGCUACUCAAACUAAAAAUUUUGUUAAUACAAUUGCUACACAAACUGAAUUUAAUAUUAAUAUAGUUUCUACUCAAACUGAAAAUUUUAGUAAUACAAUUGUUAUACAAACUAAAUCUACUAUUAAUACAGUUGUUACUCAAACUGAAAUUAUUAUUAUACAAUCUAAUGAAAUUCAAAUAGAGCAAACAAAUAAACAAAUAUUAAAAAUUAAAAAUUAUACUAAAGAAGAAUUAAAAACUGCAAUUAAGCAACAAUUAAUAGAAAAUAAAUAUCAAUAUACAACAAAAACAAUACAAAUAGUAACAAAAGUUUGUCAAAUUGGUAAAAUGUCAUAUAGAUCUGCUGUAGAAUAUACUAAAGCACAUAGAGAUGUUGCAAAAUUUUAUUCCAAUCAACAAUCUAAUAUAAUUGAAAAUUCUAAAUUUUCAGCUUAUGGAAUAAUGGCUAAUGAAUCUAAACGAG